AUGGACGCCGUCGACGCGUCGACGCCGCUCGCCGCCGGCCCGGCGCGGCGCCGCUGGCCCGCGGCGGCGCUCGCCGCCGCGGCGCUGGGCCUCGUCGGCGCCUCCGUCGCGCUGGCCCCGACGCGGCCGGUCCUGUCGUCGCUGACGAUCCAGGACGUCGACGACGCCAUGGUCGUCGAGUGCGUGGCGCGGACGACGAGCACGGACCUGCUCGUCGCGCUCGGCGUUUCCCUCGGCUGGCAGGCGCUGCCCGACCCCGUCGGCGCGACGAUUCUCGUGGACCGGGGCCAGUUUUUGGAACUCCGGGGCUUAGACCCGGACAAGGGCUGGACCUACGACUGGGAGGGGUCCAACGCGGCGCUCGUCAAGUUCUCCUACGACGCGACCCUGGCGGCCGUGACCACGGGCGCGCGCCUCGACGACCCGGCCUGGGCGACGACGUGCACCCUGGACAUGUCCGCGUCGACGGGCUGCGCCGAGUCGUGCGUCGAGGAUCGCUUCCGGUUCCUCGACGGCGGCGCCUACGCGACCUGCGCCGACCCCGUCGAGGCCGCCUUCGUCCUCGCGCCGGACCUCGUCAAGAGCUGCCUCGUCGCGCAGGUCCGGAGCGACGCCGGCGGCGCGUCGGUCGCCGCGUACAACCUCGCGACCUACGGCGCGGUCGAGUCCUGCUUCGACUGCGUGUCGCUCUGCAUCGGCCAGGCCCGGUCCGUCGCCCAGACCUGCGCCGCGACGGGCAGCGGCGCGACGGAGCACGACGGCCUCGACGCCGACGGGCCCGUCGCCGGCGGCGCCGCGCCGGACCACGACGCGCCGGACCACGACGCGCCGGGCGAGGACGGGCCCAACGCCGCGUCGCAGUGA